AUGAGUCAACGAUAUUUCCCUGGCGAAGCUGCUUCGUCGGCUGGGGAGGGCUCCUCCAAGCACGCGGUUGCUGAAUCUUCGAGCAACCCUUUUCCCCAAGGUGACGGACCAGGAUAUAUAGUGGUUGGUUCUGGAUCGAUUUCUCACAAUGCAACCUCAUUAAUGGAUUCGCUGAAUAAUGAUUCUGGAUAUGGAGGCAGCACAACGGGGGACAGUACCAGUGGAUAUGGUGAGAGUUUAAUGGAGGACCGGCCAACUCCUUCCCAUACGCCUGUGCAACUCAACGAAGCUGCCGAGCACGAAAGGCAGAUUGUGGCCAACCAUGUCCAUCAAUUGUUAUACAAUUCGAAUCGAACUCAGCUUAGCCGCUCGAUCACCCGUACUGUAGAGCUUCUCAAAGAGCUCCAGGGAAUGAAUCGUCAGUGGCCUGCUCACUAUCCGCCAGUACAAUCCAGCCAACCCCUUUCCCCACAUCCAUCUGGUUUCCAGCGGCUGCAAUCAUAUCACGUCAAUGCAUUAAAUAAGAACUGUUUCGAAAGGCCAGAUCCUCUACGACGUGCCACGGCGGCGAUGGAUGGAAGUGCGAUCUCUGACUGCAGCGACGUGGCGGAACACAAACCUUCUCCGGGACCGCGCCUGGUAACACCCCAGAUUUCCCAGGAAUUUUCCGUCCUGAAACUAGAUCUCAAACUUGGCGCAUUGUCACAGUCAGAGCUGGUCCAUUCUCUGGAAAAGGGCUCCAUUGCCUCCCUCCUGGACGGCAGGGUGAGCCAGAGCAUCAGGCACCUGCUUUCCUUGCGGGACAGAAUAGAGGAUUUGUCGAGCAAGGUUCUGAUUACUGGGGAUCUUAACGCGGGCAAAUCGACGUUUUGCAAUGCUUUGUUGCGCCGCAAAGUUCUACCGGAAGAUCAGCAGCCGUGCACGAGUAUCUUUUGCGAAGUGUUGGAUGCACGGGAAAAUUGUGGGGUUGAGGAAGUCCAUGCCAUCCACAAGGACCGACAGUAUAACCGCAACGAUGAGAGCACAUAUGACGUAUAUUCAAUUCAAGACUUGGAGUCCAUUGUGGUGGAUAACAGCAAAUAUAUGCAGUGCAAGAUUUAUUUGAAGGAUAUAAGGACCAUUGACGAGUCGUUGCUCAACAAUGGCGUGGUCGAUAUAUCCAUCAUCGAUGCUCCAGGGCUGAACUCAGACUCCGUAAAGACCACUGCUGUCUUUGCUCGACAGGAGGAAAUUGAUGUGGUUGUCUUUGUCGUCUCCGCUGCGAACCAUUUUACAUUAUCUGCGCAGGAAUUUAUCAUGAACGCUGCCCAUGAAAAGGCCUAUAUUUUUAUUGUUGUUAAUGGCUUUGACAAUAUUCGGGAUAAGGAACGUUGCCAGCAGACGGUUUUGAAACAAAUUCAGAAAUUGAGUCCACGGACGUUCAAAGAGUCUGCUGAACUCGUUCACUUUGUAUCGAGUAAUGCGGUUCCAGUUAUACCUGCUAUUACAGCUGGUGGUGGUGGGGGAGAUGGUGGAGGUGGUGGCCCAGACUUCGAUGACGAUGACAACACAAAGGGCAAAGGCAGAGCAUCUGCUGGAGGUGAUGAUAAGGGGAAAGGCAAGGAUAAAGAGAAGAUUAAGGACUUUGAGAAUCUGGAGGGCGCAUUGCGACGAUUUGUCCUUGACAAGCGCUCACGCUCGAAACUGGCCCCGGCAAAGACAUAUCUUCUGAAUAUCCUUUCCGACCUACAUUUCCUCGCCUCUGCGAACCGAGAUGUUGCUUCAUCGGAGAUGGAUCGUAUGACACGGGAGCUUGACGAACUUGUUCCCGCUUAUGAGGAAAGCAAGAAGCGACGAACGGAAGUUUCCGAGAGCCUUUCCAACUCAAUAGAUGAAUCAUGUGAGGAUGUUUAUAAUUAUUCCCGCACAACUCUCUCGACUACAAUUUCGACGCUUGCAGAAGCUACUCUUGGUGUUGAGUAUCCGGGCCUGCUAUCUGCAUUCCGCUACGCAGAAGAUCUAAAGAUAGUUAUGCUAGACGAGCUUGCUGCCUCCGUCUCGGCUUGCGAGGAUUAUGCUCGUGGAAAGUCCGUCCAGGGAGUCAACAUGAUACAGAGCAUCGGCCUCCUACACGUUGGGGAAGAUAAAUUCCCCAAUCUCAAUUUCCGCGCGGAUCUUCUGUUUAAGCAGAAGCGCCAUAUCUCUGCGAGACAACUUGAUACCGAGAUCCAACUCUGGGAUUUCUUCGACAUUCCAGGGCUGUGGCAUCGGCAAGAAAAGAUUGCUGGAACUGGCAUGGCGAUGACCGUUGUGACCGUCCUUGGGGGAAGAGUCCUGGGUGGAGCUGGUUGGAUCGACGGCGCUCUUGGCGCAGCUAGAAUCUUGGGUUCCAACAAUAUGAGACGGAUGAUUGUACCAGGCAUUGUCGCAGCAGCCAUACUAACUGCCUCAUACCUCCUCACCCAAAUACCCAACGCCGUCCCAGCCAACAUCUCCCGCAAGCUCUCUGAAACCCUCACAGAGCUCGACUAUGUCCACUCCAACGCCACCCGCAUCUCAUCCGAAGUGCGUCGGGUCCUCCGCAUGCCCGCAUCAAGGCUGCAGGCCGCACUGCAAGCAGCCACAGAAGACCUAGCCAAGCGCAAAGACGAAGUUGGUAGGACGAAGCAACAGAGCGAGAUUGCUAGCAAAUACUUUGCCAACCUGUUCAGGGAGAGUCGUGAGACUCGCAGGGUGGUUGAGCAGGUUGAUCUUGAAGCGCCGUUGCCUGGCAGCAUGGCGCAAUAUGAGCAACAGCAUUAG